CAUUGCCCAUUUUGGCCAAGGGUCACACAGCAUUUACAUCACAAUUGGUCCGUAGUUUAAAAAUGUCUCACCCUCUCCCUCCCCACCACCCGCGGCUGUGUCCAGACGGAGAAUGUUCUAGCGCUGGGGGCGGCUGUGGAUGAAGUCCUUGGGGGGAAAAGGAGCAGGCCAAGGGCGAUGGUGGAGUAGAGCUGCCUCGCGGAGGCAGCAUGAGCUGAGAGGGUGAUAGGAAGGAAGGAGGCGCUAGACAGCAUGGAGGACUUUCUGCUCUCCAAUGGGUACCAGCUGGGCAAGACCAUUGGGGAAGGGACCUACUCAAAAGUCAAAGAAGCAUUUUCCAAAAAACACCAAAGAAAAGUGGCAAUUAAAAUUAUAGACAAGAUGGGAGGGCCAGAAGAGUUUAUCCAGAGAUUCCUGCCUCGGGAGCUCCAGAUUGUCCGAACCCUGGACCACAAAAACAUCAUCCGGGUGUAUGAGAUGCUGGAGUCUGCAGAUGGGAAAAUCUACCUGGUGAUGGAACUGGCUGAGGGAGGGGACGUCUUUGACUGCGUGCUGAAUGGGGGGCCACUGCCUGAGAGCCGGGCCAAGGCCCUCUUCCGCCAGAUGGUCGAGGCCAUCCGCUACUGCCAUGGCUGUGGCGUGGCCCACCGGGACCUCAAAUGUGAGAACGCCUUGUUGCAGGGCUUCAACCUCAAGCUGACCGACUUUGGCUUUGCCAAGGUAUUACCCAAGUCACGCCGGGAGCUGAGCCAGACCUUCUGCGGCAGUACAGCCUAUGCCGCCCCUGAGGUGCUGCAGGGUAUUCCCCACGACAGCAAGAAGGGUGACAUCUGGAGCAUGGGCGUGGUCCUCUACGUCAUGCUCUGUGCCAGCCUACCUUUUGAUGACACAGACAUCCCCAAGAUGCUGUGGCAGCAGCAGAAGGGGGUGUCCUUCCCCACUCAUCUGGGCAUCUCGACCGAAUGCCAGGACCUGCUCAAGCGGCUCCUGGAACCAGACAUGAUCCUCCGGCCUUCAAUCGAAGAAGUUAGUUGGCACCCAUGGCUAGCAAGCACUUGAUAAAAGCAAUGGCAAGUCCUCCCCAAUAAAGUAGGGGGAGAAAGCAAAUCCAAAACCCGCUUCUAAAAUGGUGAUAUAUAUUUUACACUUUGUUUAGUUAUACUAAAGCUUACCUACACCCUCCCU